CCUAUUCAUAUUUGCAGGACCUCCACACCAUCAGCCUGGACGAGUUCAAGUACGGCGGGACGAACAUCACCGCCUUCCGGCUGGUCGAUCCGGAAAACCCGGAAGUGGCCUCCGCCAUCCACAACUGGACGCUGGGGGAGGCGCGGGCCGGCCGGCGGAUCGAUUUCAAAACAACGGAGAACGUGACCGUUAUCAAGGCGGAAACCGCACUCAUGUACGACGCCGUCCACCUGUUUGCCAAGGCCCUGCACGAUCUGGACACGAGCCAGCAGAUUGACAUCCACCCGCUCAGCUGCGACGCCGCGGACACGUGGCCCCACGGAUACAGCCUGAUCAACUACAUGAAAAUUGUCGAAAUGCGCGGCCUCACCGACGUCAUCAAGUUCGACCACCAGGGCUUCCGCAGUGACUUUGUGCUGGACAUUGUGGAGUUGGGGCCGGGAGGCCUGCGCAAGAGUGGCACCUGGAACUCCACGUCGGGGGUCAACUUCACCCGGACGUACGGCGAGCAGCAGAAGGAAAUCGUCGAAAUUUUGCAGAACAAAACGCUGAUCGUGACGACGAUCCUGAGCUCGCCGUACUGCAUGCGGAAGGACUCGGCCGAGAAGCUGACCGGCAAUACGCAGUUUGAGGGCUAUGCGAUCGAUUUGAUUCAUGAAAUUUCGAAAAUACUCGGUUUUAACUACACGAUCCGGCUGGCGCCGGACGGCCGGUACGGCAGCAACAACAAGGAAACGGGUGAAUGGGACGGCAUGAUCAAGGAGUUGCUGGAGCAGCGGGCGGACCUCGCCAUCGCCGACCUCACCAUCACCUUCGACCGCGAGCAGGUGGUGGACUUUACGAUGCCAUUCAUGAAUCUGGGCAUUUCCGUGCUGUACCGGAAGCCGGUCAAGCAGCCGCCCAAUCUGUUCUCGUUCCUCUCCCCGCUCUCGCUCGACGUGUGGAUCUACAUGGCGACGGCCUAUCUCGGCGUUUCCGUGCUGCUGUUCAUCCUGGCGCGGUUCACGCCGUACGAGUGGCCCGUGCCGAACCCGUGCGAUCCCCACCCGGAGAAGCUGCAGACGCAGUUCACGCUGAUGAACUGCCUGUGGUUCGCGAUCGGGUCGCUGAUGCAGCAGGGCUGCGACUUUCUGCCCAAGGCCGUCUCGACGCGGAUGGUCGCCGGCAUGUGGUGGUUCUUCACGCUGAUCAUGAUCAGCUCGUACACUGCCAACCUGGCUGCGUUCUUGACCGUCGAGCGGAUGGACUCGCCCAUCGAGAGUGCCGAAGAUCUGGCCAAGCAGACCAAGAUCAAGUACGGGGCGCUGCGCGGUGGCAGCACGGCUGCGUUCUUUAGGGACUCCAACUUUUCCACCUACCAGCGGAUGUGGUCCUUCAUGGAGGCGAGCCGGCCGUCCGUCUUCACCGCCAGCAACAUCGAGGGCGUCGAGCGGGUCGUCAAGGGCAAGGGCAGCUACGCGUUCCUGAUGGAGUCGACCUCGAUCGAGUACGUGAUCGAGCGGAACUGCGAGCUAACGCAGGUCGGCGGCAUGCUCGACUCGAAGGGCUACGGGAUCGCGAUGCCACCGAAUUCACCCUUCCGCACCGCCAUCAGUGGCGCCGUCCUGAAGCUGCAGGAGGAGGGCAAGCUGCACAUUCUGAAAACGCGCUGGUGGAAGGAGAAACGCGGCGGGGGAUCCUGUAGGGACGACACCUCCAAGUCCAGCUCGACGGCCAACGAGCUGGGGCUGGCCAACGUGGGCGGAGUCUUCGUCGUGCUGAUGGGCGGAAUGGGCGUGGCCUGCGUCAUCGCCGUGUGCGAGUUCGUCUGGAAGUCCCGGAAAGUGGCCGUCGAAGAGCGGGAGGUCUCACUCUGCUCGGAAAUGGCCUCCGAGCUGCGGUUCGCACUGAAGCGUAACCGGUCCAAGAGCUCGGAUCACAACACGACCGCCACCACGCUCCGAACGACGGCCAGUUCGCGCGCCUCCCCGAAGGACUCGGAACCGUCGUCCGAGCACCGGUUCCACCCGCUCGGUCCGCCCUACGCCCAGUACGAGUUCGACCCGAAGGCGGUCGGCCAGUAGGUGUGGAUGUUUUCGGCGAUCCUCUCCGAAGCUCCGGGCUCCGUCGUUCCCAUGACAACGAUCAUAACGACGGCCGAGGUGUACGUGGAGUAGUGCUGCGCGCUGUCAGUUUUGACAGCGCCGAUGUUUGCUGUUUGCUGAAGAGAAGGAGGAGAUCGCAACGAAAACCAAUCCCGUGUUUGUGUCAAGUGUCCACUUUUCAAAACCAUUUUUGCGCGUAUUUUCGUCACGUUUUGAGCGAAAGCCAAACCUAAUAAGACUUGUACUAUAUAUAAAUAAGUGUGUAUACCGGAGACACCGCGCGCUAAUUGAUGCGAACUAAUUUAGAGUGUACCCUCUCCACUAUCUAUGCUCAACGAUGUGUCAAAUUUGAAACUAUCGCCAAAUUGCGUUUCUCCCCGUAGCUAAAAACACGUUCCUUUGACCCCUUUCUUUUGGAAGCAAUAUGCCAAGCAAAUGUAAAUUUACAGAACCCUCCUUGCGGAAGCGAAUCGAGUUGUAAACAAACUUAGUGAAAUUUAAAACCAAAAGUGAAACGUUUUGAAAUGUUCCAAACAAAAGAAAAACCAACGUUUACGUUACCGUUUAUCGAACGCAAAACUGUGUAUAAACCAAAACAAACCAAAUGGAGAUUGUAAUUAGAUCCUUGCCGUUACAAAAAUAACAACUUCGCGAAUCAAAAAGUCACACAAACAUUCCUCACUGACAUUUUCACAAAAAAAAACAUAAACAAAUCACACAGUCGCGCACGGAAUCUAAGCGGAAAAGUAGAGACAAAAACAAAACAGAGAAGGCGAAAGUAAUAAAAAACAUUUUUCCCAAAUUUGUAAACAAAA